AUGGCAGAUUAUCAAAAACGCGUGCAAAUUUUACGUCAACAACUGGAUGACAGCAUCAAAUUAUAUUAUUGUCAACAACAGCAAGCUGCAAUGGAUCGAAUCAAUAAUAGUGAACGAUCAAUAGAACCAGUGAAUGUAAAAAAUUAUCGAAUAUUGCAUAUGUUACAUCAAGAUGAAGCUAAUGCUUGCAUACAAAUCUCGGGAAAUAUGAUAAAUAAAACAGCAGUAGUAAUCACGAAAAUGCCCAACAACGAUUCUGAUGUAUUUGAAAAAGUUAAUUCGGUUGUCAAAUCGUCUGUAUCACCGUUGCAAGUUACUGUUAUUUCUGGCAAUCAGCAGCAACAUCCUGCUCCUGAAGCAACAAUUAAUUUCAUGGCAGGAUUUAACAGUCCAGUAGGCAGCAUCGAUUCGGGCAUGUCAUCACUGGGCUCAUCGAACAGUUCACCUUCCUCAUCACCCGGAUGUUCACCAAUUUCAGUCGACUGUAUUCCUUUUCAAUACGUCGUCGAACAACAAUUGCUACCACGUGGCCGAUCAACAAGUGAGAGUGUUAGCGCAACAGUUGGUCUCAAAAGUAUUCUAAAAAAGUCCAUUUCAACACACACUAAUACAGGACGUUUUUUAAGAUCAUAUUCGGAAUGUCAAAAUAGAGAGGAUGGAGAAAUGAAAGUGAUUGUUGCAGAUAUGAAUAAUGAGGACGGCGCAGGAUAUACUCCACGAAAAAAGCGUGUAUCAUUCAGUGAACGUUUAGUUCAAGAGCGGUCAUUUCGACCCAAUUCAUCUAUUCUAAGUCAGAAAAAAAAGAACCAGCGAAAACAAAAAAAUAAAAUGAAAAAGAAAGGUGCUCUAGCAGUGGAAGAUAAUUCAACGGAUGAUGAGACACGGCAUCGUUCAAAUUCUGAAACAAUACACUGCGCUACUUGCAAUAACAACGAGAAAGACGAAAUGGAUCCGAUUGAAUGUGAUUUAGCUGCAUGUGUUUUGAAAGAUCUUUCGGUGGUAGAACAGGACAAGGAGACGAAUUGUCAUGUGGCUACAAAAAUUCAUAAACAUAUCCUACGAAUUAAUUCCGAUUAA